AUGACACUUCCGAGUUCCAGCCGACUGCUGCGAAAACGUCAACGAUACUCGUCAUCGACUACUUCCGGGUCCGGGUCUGAACAGCGAACAUUGCCGUAUUGUAGCAUGAAUCGGCGGCAACGUCUUUACCUUUGUAUUAUACUUACAAGUUACAGAUGCGAUUUAACACAUCCAAACGAUCGUCAACAUUUAAAGACUAAAGUACAAUAUGUGAUCCCGGAACCGACAAAAGAUUGUAUGCGACUCCAAAAUUCGCUCCAAACAGAGCAACAAGUAUAA